UCCUGCUGGGGCGUUUGGAAGACUAUAGAGCUACCAGUCAGUCUAGUCGCCGCAGUAUGGCGAUCGCCAUCACGAUAUGCCGCUUCUGCAUGGUGGUGCUCCUGGUCGUCCUGCCAGGACAGUGCGCCCCCAGAUCGAAGGGCAGCAAGAGCGGCCACCGGAGCGCCCCCCAGACGGUGUACGACCAGAAGCAGACGGGGGAUUAUAAUAUCCAGUUGCACUUGAAGGAUUUCCAGAUCAUUGCUUUAUUGGGGGAUGACUACUUUGGAGGGGAUUACGAUUACAACUACGACUACUCAGAUUUCACCUUAAAACCAAGCACCCACAAACCAUCAACUGAAGCUGGAUCAUCGCCGCCAUCACCCACCACUUCAGCUCCAGAGAAACCAUCUUCAACAUCAACACCAUCAGUCGCGGUUUCAAUCUCCACAACACCCUCCAAAGAACCACCGGUAAGGAAACAAGAAACACCCGCGACAAACAAAAAUCCAGACAAACCAGCUAAACCGGAAGCGGAAAAACCUUCAAACGAGAUGGAGAAACCUUCAACUACGUCUGCCAACGUCACUGAAGAAGUGGUCGAAAUAGUAGAAAGUUCUACCGUACCACAAAGAGAAAAAUUCGAAGAACCCAAUUCACCUGGUAAGAUAAAAGUACAAAUCAUCGAAACCCCAGUGGGGAUAGUACCUGGCGAGGUGUCCGACAAAGAUAGCAUUAUUAAGGAAGGGGAGGUACUGCAUAUAAAGAGGUGCGCAGCGGGAUUCGGGAGGGAUAAGUUGGGGAGAUGCAGGAGGUUGAGGAGGCCAGGUUCCAGUUCACCUCACUUACCGUAUAGUUUUAGUAGAUUAGCUAACAGUUUGGCGUCAAGGCUUAGGCAAUCAUCAUCAGAAGAAUCUCUACCUUCAUCAGAAUCCUCAGAAGACUAGUGAUUAUUAUUUAAAUUUUAGCUUUAAUUUAAUUUGUGGUAUAUUUAUUUAUAACUUAUUAUAUUU